AUGGUGCAUAUCAAAAAGGUCGUAAUUCAGGGGUUCAAGAGCUACAAAGAGCUAUUGGACUUGGAGCCUUUCAGUAAGGGCAGUAAUGUCAUCGUGGGGCGCAACGGCUCGGGCAAGUCCAAUUUCUUUUUCGCCAUCCGUUUCGUGCUCAGCGAUCUUUUCUCGAAUCUUCGCGCUGAUGAGAGGCAGGCCCUGCUUCAUAUUGAUCGAGAUGAGGUGGUUUUGCGACGACAGAUUGGUCUCAAGAAGGACGAGUACUCACUGGACAAGAAACACGUCAGCAAGCAAGACGUAGUGAACCUGCUCGAGAGUGCUGGCUUCUCGCGAUCCAAUCCGUACUACAUUGUCCAGCAGGGCAAGGUCAACGCGUUGACAAUGAUGAAGGAUUCCGAGCGUCUCGAGUUGCUCAAGGAAGUGGCCGGCACCCGAGUGUACGACGAGAGGAGGGACGAGAGUUUGAAGAUCAUGAAGGAAGCAGGCGCGUUCUUCUUCCUCUUCUUCUUCGGUCAAGCUGCUGGGCGGAGGGAGAAGAUCGAAGAAAUGUUGCGCUACAUUGAAACGCGACUGAAGGAGCUCGAAGACGAAAAGGAGGAGCUCAAGGCCUACCAGGAGCUCGACCGCGAGCGCAGGGCACUCGAGUACACUCUUUACACCAAGGAACUCCAGAGCACCAACGAAACCCUCAGAAGGCUCGGCACAGACCGACAGGAGGAGUCGUCGCGCGCCAAGGAGGAAUACCAAAACGCGUUGCUCGUGCACAAGGCGCUCAAGGCCAAGGAGCGGGAGCUGAAGGACGCCGAGAUCGAGAUGCGACGCCUGAACAAGGAGAAGAGCGAAAUAGCUCCCGUGGUGCCAGAUCUCGUCCCUACCCCAAGGCCAUUUGUUAAGCUUUCAUUAUAA